UGGAAAAGACACAUCCUAAACAAGAAGGAAUAUAUACCAACCGUUUCCCAAUGAAUAACUUCAUCGACGAUGACCAUAAAUCCAGUAUUCAACAUCGAGCUCUUAUGGCGGAAACAAGUGACAACGCGGGUGCAGUUGGGACCAUUCGAACGUUUGUGUUUUUGGACAUUGAGACUACCGGACUACCUAAGUUCAAUUUCGGAAAGGCAAACAUUACUGAAUUGGCGAUGUGGACAUUGUCUCGGGAAGACUUCCUUCGCUCUGAAGACACGGAAUGCCGAUUGUUGGGCAAAUGGAAAAGCGUUUUCAGGCCAGGAAGGUCGAUCAAUCCGAGAACAAGUGAAUUAACUGGACUAAACAACGAAAUGCUUGAAGAUUAUGAAAAAUUCGAUGUUGCAGCCAAAGCGAUGGUAUCUUACCUGGAGCUACAUCCCAAGCCAAUCUGUCUCAUUGCGCACAACGGAAACGAGCACGAUUUUCCAAUCAUCAAGCAAUAUUUCGAUAAGAUUAACAAAAAAAUACCGGGCUUCCUAUGGUGUUCAGAUUCUUUAAGCAUUUUUAAAGAGCUUAAUUCAAUUGCAGAGGACCGAUUAUUGGUAAACGUUUUGUCAAACGUCGAGGAAUCUGAGAAAUCGUCUUCUCAAAUGGCGAAGCAGAUUUUGGAAACUACCAUUUCAGAGAGCGAAGAAAAUUCAGAUUUUUUAAACAAUUUUAGAGAGCUUGAUUCAAUCAAGGAGGAGGACCAAUUAUUGGUAAACGUUUUGUCAAACUUCGAGGAAUCUGAAAAAUUGUCUCCCCAAAUGGCGGAGCAAAUAUUAAAAGCUGUCAUUUCAAACAGCGAGGAAAAUUCAGAUCCUUUAAACGAUUUUAGAGAACUUGAUUCAAUUAGGGAGGAGGACCAAUUAUUGGUAAACGUUUUGAUAAACGUCGAGGAAUCUGAGAAAUCGUCUUCCCUAAUGGCGGAGCAAAUAUUGAAAACUCCAGUUUCAGACAGCGAAGAAAAUUCAGAUUUUUUAAACAAUUUUAGAGAGCUUGAUUCAAUUAAGGGGGAGGACCAAUUAUUGGUAAACGUUUUGUCAAACGUCGAGGAAUCUGAGAAAUUGUCUGCCCAAAUGGCGGAGCAAAUAUUGGAAUCUGCCGUUUCGAAUAUCGAAGAAAAUUCAGAUUCUUUAAGCAAUUUUAGAGAGCUUGAUUCAAUCAAGGAGGAGGAUCGAUUAUUGGUAAAUGUUUUGUCGAACUUCGUGGAAUCUGAAAAAUUGUCUCCCCAAAUGGCGGAGCAAAUAUUGAAAACUCCCGUUUCAGACAGCGAAGAAAAUUCAGAUUUUUUAAGUAAUUUUAGAGAGCUUGAUUCAAUUAAGGAGGAGCAAUUAUUGGUAAACGUUUUGUCAAAUGUCGAGGAAUCUGAGAAAUUCUCUCCCCAAAUGCCGGAGCAAAUAUUAGGAGCUGUCAUUUCAGACAGCGAAGAAAACUCAGAUUCUUUAAACAAUUUUAGAGAGCUUGAUUCAAUCAAGGAGGAGGACCAAUUAUUGGUAAACGUUUUGUCAAACGUCGAGGAAUCUGAGAAAUUGUCUCCCCAAAUAGCGGAGCAAAUAUUGGAAACUACCGUUUCAAACAGCGAAUUAAAUUUAAUCGAAGACCACUCAAAUAGUGAGGGUCUAAGUGAAUUAAAUGAACUUCUUGAACGCCAGAGAAUAAAUGAAACUACACCAAAACGAAAUUUUAAGGGGGAGAAUGUGAAAAAAUAUAAGUCAUCAUUUGAGGAGAAUACUCAGAACCAAAGCAUUAAAUUAAACAAAGUGUGCAGGGAAUUAUUCCCGACAGAAAACAAAUCAUAUAAAUUGCGAGAUGUAUAUAAAAGGAUCUUCAACUAUUACCCGCCAUACAAACACAUUGCAGAGGCUGACGUCCAUACAUUAUUUGAAGCAGCUCGAAAAUAUGGUAUUGAAUUUGUGAAACUUGCAGAGAAAAAUGCUAUUCCAUUUGCACAAAUCAAAAGGCCGGUUUGGAAAUAGUUUUCAGGAUAGUGGUCGACAAAUUCAAAGAUCAAAAUAGUUAAGGAAUAUUAGCAAACUAAAAAUCUGACAAAAACCAUGUUUUUCCAAGUUGAUUUAAAUUAGCUACUAAACAUUAAAUACAACUAGAUAUAAUAGUGGCACUUAAUGCUAGUAUUAGGUAAAAUCCGGCAUCUGCCGAGACUGUGAUAGCU